UGACAAUCGGUCGAGUCAUUUUCAAAGUAAGCAGUGGUUGCUAUUAACGUAUAUAAAGUUAAAGUGUGUUUUGUUUAACGACAUCACUAGUUUAUAUAAGAAAAUAAGAAGAAUUCAGCAAAGCAGCAUCAAACAAAAUGCAGAUUUUGAUACUAUUCGCAGUUAUCCAGAUGACGCUAACUGCCAAAAUGUUCACCGAUGACAAGUCACUGUCUGGAAAUGGCUGCCAUUGGCAACGAACUGGUCAAGAGAGGUCACAGCGUGUCAGCGUAUGUUCCAAAUUUCUUCGACACAAGAUACUGUUUUGAGAAUUCGAAGAUACAACUUGUAACCUAUGAUGUCAGUGAGAACAACAAAGGAGUUUAUCAAUCAGCAAUGAGACUCAUGGAGAGGAAUGCAAUCACGAGGGAGAAACAUAUCGCUAGGGUGCUUCUGGACAUAUUCGAGGCCAUCCACCGUCUCUGUGAUAGCCAGCUGUUGAACCGAAAUCAACUAGACCUGCUAAAACAGACCGGGUAUGACAUUGUAAUGACGGAGGGCGUCCCAUUCGGCCAGUGCUACUACCUUCUUGCGUUCUACUUAGACGUUCCCACUGUGUCUGUUGCAAGUGGUUUUCUUGGUUUUGACAGUGGAGAGGUGUUUCAGCCGUACACCUACCCACAUCCAAUUGGCUCUUACACCAAUGAAAUGACGGCUUUACAGAGAAAACUUAACAGCUUACACCACAUUAUACUAACCUACUUCAUAAAUAUAUUUAAACGUCCGUUUGAUGUUUCUAAAUAUGGCGAACCUUUCACGGACGUUGUCACGGAGACGCUGAUGCGAGCAUCGUCGUUGUAUCUCGAGAAUUCUGAUUACAUUGCUGAUUACCCGAAAGCUACCUUCCCCAACUUCGUCCAGGUAGGUGGGUUGACAGCACGUCUCCCAUCAUCUUUACCAAAGGACCUGAAGACCUACCUAGACAACUCGAAGACUGGUGUGAUUCUGGUGUCGUUUGGAAGUAUACUGAAACUUGAAUCUGCGGAGCCCAUCAAACGAUUAGUCUUUGCUCUGAAUCAACUUCCAUAUGACGUUAUUUUAAAAUCAAACAGAAACUCGCAAGAGGGCAAUGUGAAGAUUCUAGACUGGUUGCCACAAAACGACGUGCUUGCACAUCCAAACAUUCGACUGUUUGUGUCUCACUGUGGUAAAAAUGGAUUUUUCGAAUCCUUAUACCAUUCUGUUCCCAUCAUAUGCACACCUUUGAACGCCGACGCCUUUCAAACGGCAAUUAAAGCCAAACAUCACAGAAUCGGGACAACUAUGGACAUUCUAACGUCCACUACAGAGGAAAUGGUUCAAACCUUAAAAUCUGUGUUGAACGACUCAUCCAUUUAUUCCAAUAUGCGACGGAUGUCUCAGCUCUUCAGGGACAGACCGGAAACAGGGGCGGAGAGAGGAGCGAGCGCCAUAGAGCACGUGGUCAAAUAUGGGGACAAACAUCUUAAACCGCCCACCAACAGACUGAACUAUUUUCAGUACACACUGGGUGAACUCUGGUUUGUGAUUUUCAGUUUCCUGUCUCUGCUAAUCUAUGGCGUGGUGGCACUGUUUAAAUGCAUCUUCUGUAACAAGGCUUCUGAGUCGGUGUCGUCUGACAAAAAAUCUAACUGAAUCUCAACGAUGGAAUAAUUAGCUUUUUGAAAAUCGUGUAUCUGCACAAGGUAGAGCCACAGUGAAAUUUUGAAAAUAUGAUGACAGUUCCGUUGAGACCAGAUAACCGUAAUUAAAAUGCUUCGAAACGUUUAAAGUUUAUGUUGUUUAACGACUGCACUAGAUGACAUUGGAUAUCAAACAUUCGGUAAUUUCGACAUAUAGUCUUAGAGAAGAAACCCGCUAUAUGUUCCCGCUAUAUGAGCAUAUAUGGAUAUUAAAUCUAAAUGGUG